GUGAACGGUCAUGUUUCACCCUCACUCUGAUCCCAAAACUUGUCUCCCCCGUAAAAACUGUAAUUGUGUCUGUGUGUUUUACUGAGAAUAUUUAUGUUCAACUAAUUGCAAAAUGAUUUUAUGGUUUCUUUGUAGAUAACAAAAUGAUUUUAUAGUCCCACCGGGUGGGACAGCGGAAGGAUAUUUGACUGUUGUCUAUAAAAUCCGCGCCCCUGCUCUUUGUUUGGUAAAACCUGACGGGAUCCGGAAGUGAGUGAAAUAAACAACAGUUGGAACAAUUUGUCUUUUAAAAAUGCAGAUCUUUGUGAAGACGCUGACUGGCAAGACCAUCACUUUGGAGGUUGAGCCCAGUGACACCAUUGAGAAUGUCAAGGCCAAGAUCCAGGACAAGGAGGGCAUCCCUCCUGACCAGCAGCGUCUGAUCUUUGCCGGCAAGCAGCUAGAAGAUGGCCGCACCCUCUCCGACUACAACAUCCAGAAGGAGUCCACCCUCCAUCUUGUGCUCCGUCUGAGAGGAGGCAUGCAGAUUUUCGUCAAGACCCUGACUGGCAAGACCAUCACCCUGGAGGUUGAGCCCAGUGACACCAUUGAAAAUGUCAAGGCCAAGAUCCAGGACAAGGAGGGCAUCCCUCCUGACCAGCAGCGUCUGAUCUUUGCCGGCAAGCAGCUGGAGGAUGGCCGCACCCUCUCCGACUACAACAUCCAGAAGGAGUCCACCCUCCAUCUUGUGCUCCGUCUGAGAGGAGGCAUGCAGAUUUUCGUCAAGACCCUGACUGGCAAGACCAUCACCCUGGAGGUUGAGCCCAGUGACACCAUUGAGAACGUGAAGGCCAAGAUCCAGGACAAGGAGGGCAUCCCUCCUGACCAGCAGCGUCUGAUCUUUGCCGGCAAGCAGCUGGAAGAUGGCCGCACCCUCUCCGACUACAACAUCCAGAAGGAGUCCACCCUCCAUCUUGUGCUCCGUCUCCGCGGAGGAAACUAAUCAGCUUCUGCUUUAAGAUGUCUCAGUUUACCCAACAUUUAUUCCAGUGUUAAACCGCUCCUUCUGAUCAGCUGUCAGCCCUUCCUUUUUAAGUUUCAAUAAAGGUUAAGAGUUCUGAAUUUUGCUUCCAUUGGCCUUUAAUAAUUUCACUUCGCAUUUUGCCUGCUUUAGCUGACGGUGGAAAUGUGGCUUCUAGAACUUGAUUUGAGGUAAUUUCAUCUGUUUGGUGACAGAAAAUACACACGAUGUAAAACUGGAUACAUGUUUGUGGUUGAAGUGGUCCAAUAUUGAUAAAAGUUCACUAACAGGUUCUAGUUGUUAGAUCUGAGACCUGAAAUGUUUUCAUUAUGACUUCCAGCGCUGCUGUUACAAAUGUUGUUCAUAACCAAUAAAAUGGCUUCUCACUGUCA